UUUCAUUCAGACAAGCUGCUCAGGUGAGGGGGAGGGAGGGCAAACACCAUGCAAGGCCACCAGGCCCCGUGGGGACGGCUUCCUCCAGGGCCAGACUGUCCAGAGGCCACUGCCCCACGGCUGUAAUGGAAACUUCUCAGCUGGCCCGGGAGCCACAACAGCUCCGGUUCCCACUCUGCUCAAGGAUGCGAUCGCCAGCGGACUGGGGGCCAGGCAGGGCCAUGUUCCAGUAAAUGAAGCCCGCAGGGCAAGCCUUGAGCCCCAGCUCCCGGCCAGAGACACGACAUCACACCAGGAAGAAUGACGAGGCUGCUCCAGGCUGGCCAAUGCCCAGGGCAGGGAGGGAGGACGACAGGCAGUGGCCCCCCUCCAUCCUGAGGCGGAGCCGGCCACAGCGCCGUGGCCACGGGGCCGAGCCACAGAAGACCUCGAGGCGGGUGCGGUUCCGGGAGCCCCCGGAGGCGGCCAUCCACUACAUCGCCAGCAGGGAGACCGCCACGGCCACCACCACCACCAGGGCGCCCAGCCGGCUGCGGCCCCGAGGCGGCUCCCUGCUCCUUCGGCUGUCCAUGUGCGUCCUGCUGAUGCUGGUGCUGGGUCUGUGCUGUGGCCGAGCCAAGCCCGUGGCGCUGGUCCUUGACGACCUGCGGGCCCGGGUCCUGGGGCUCAGCCUCUACCUGAGGCACACGGCCCUCUCCUGCUGGCGCGGCCUGCUGCAGCUCUGACGGGGGUGGGCUCCCCUCCAGGCCUGCGACUGGCCGAGUGGGGGGGGCAGGAGCCCCGACAAGCGGUCCCUCUU